CUUGUACAAUAUCUAGCCUAACUCUAAAGUAGCAAUAUCACAAUUCACAAUGGAACUUCACAUUCCCAAACCAUGCUUUAUCCUUUUAAUUCUAACGACUUCCUUGUUUGCAUCAACUAUCCUAGCUGCAAACUCAAACCUAUUCCGAGAAUACAUUGGAGCUCAAUUCAAAGGUGUCAAAUUUUCAGAUGUUCCUAUAAACCCAAAUGUCAAUUUCCACUUCAUUUUAUCCUUUGCUAUUGACUAUGAUACUUCAUCUCCUCCUUCUCCCACAAAUGGAAACUUCAACAUCUUUUGGGACACUCAAAAUCUUAGCCCUUCCGAAGUCUCUUUCAUCAAAAAUCAAAAUCCAAAUGUCAAAGUAGCUCUUAGUCUUGGUGGAGACACCGUUCAAGGCGACCCCGUUAACUUCAUUCCAUCUUCGAUUGAUUCUUGGGUUUCAAACGCGGUUUCUUCACUCACAAGCAUAAUCAAGACGUAUAAUUUAGAUGGAAUUGACGUUGAUUAUGAACAUUUCAUCGGAGAUCCUAAUACAUUUGCUGAAUGCAUUGGAAGGUUAAUUACAACUCUCAAAAAUAACAACGUUAUUAGUUUUGCUUCAAUUGCUCCAUUUGAUGAUGCUGAAGUUCAAAAUCAUUACUUAGCCUUAUGGAAGAGUUAUAGUAACAUUAUAGAUUAUGUUAAUUUUCAAUUUUAUGCAUAUGAUAAAAGUACCACAGUGGCACAAUUUAUUGAUUAUUACAAUAAACAAAGCUCAAAUUAUAAUAGUGAAAAAGUUUUGGUGAGUUUUGUUAGUGAUGGGAGUACUGGAUUAGGCCCAGGCAAUGGAUUCUUGGAUGGAUGUCGUAUGUUAAAGAGUCAGCAAAAGCUUAAUGGAAUUUUUGUGUAUUCAGCUGAUGACUCUAAAGCUGAUGGUUUCCGCUAUGAGAAGGAAGCACAAGAGGUUUUGGCUAGUCCUAAUUAGAUUUUAAUUAUCUUUUUGUUCUCCUAAUUUGAGCUCUUGAUUAUUCUAUUCUAUGUUACAAUAACACGUCUCUAAUUUAAGUUGGUGGAGCUAAUUAAUUAAGUCAUGAGAUGGUUGGUUGGCAUA